UGACUUCCGUCUCGCGCCCAACUCUAUCUCUAUCUCCAACCCCGCCACCAGCACACCCCACCAAUCGCCUCACUCGCGCUCGCCCACAAUGCCAACCACAGAACCUACUCCCGCGACCACCAUCGCAGACGCAGACGCAGGCGUAGACGCAGAAGCAGAGGCCGACGCACCAGCACCUUACACCGGCCCUACGCGCGCAAUCCCCUUCUACUUCCACAUCCCACCGCACAGCAGCAGCACCACGACCUCCUCCACCACCACACCCACCACCCUCGCCCCAACCCCAGCACAACGUCUCACGCACACGCACGCAGUGCCUCUCCCCCUCCUAAGCUCGACGCCCAGCAACGCAGACGCAGACCUCUUCAUCGCGACGCUCAGCGAUGCGCUCGCGGCGCACAGGGACGAGUGCUUUGGGGCUGCGGCGGCGGAGUGCGAGAUCUGUGGGGUGGGGAAGGGGGAUGUGCUGUUGACGCCGGUGUCGUUUUUGCAUGUUGGUGAUGGUGGGGGUGAGGUGGAGGGUACGAGCUUGGAUGAGGGUGGAGAAGGGAGGGGUGGUGGUGAGGGCGAGGAUAAGGAUGCAGCAGAGGGCAAGGGAAAGGCUGCGGGGAAAAGAGUCGAUGUGCUCGUGACGCCGGUGUGUGGGCGCGAGACGUGCGAGGUCCUGGCGCGGCAGAAGGUGCGGCGCGUGGUGGAGGGGUUGCAGACGCAGCAGGCGGGGGAGGGGCAGCAGCAGGAGCAGGAGCAAGAAGGCAUGGAGCUGGGCAUCAAAGAGGGCCCGGCCGAUCCGCGGUGUAAGACUUGCGGGAGGACGGAGGGGACGCGCAAGUGCACCGGGUGUGGGCGGGUGAGGUAUUGUGGGCGCGAGUGCCAGAAGAAGGAUUGGAAGGUGCAUAAGCGGCUUUGUGGGGGGUUGUGAGUGGGUGGGUGGUGGGGUGGUUCAAGACGAUAGGAUGCACUGAGCGUGUUGGUUGUCUACCUAUGGCUUCAUUGCUGCUGGAAGGAUGGAAGACGAAUGAUCGGCCAGACAAGACUGCCUACCUAGACAUCGCUGGGAUGGUCCCUGGAUGAUGGACAGCCU